AUGAGUGUGAUUCCUGGGAAUAAAGCAGGAGCUGUAGGUAUGUAAUAUUCUCAAUUUUUACUUUGAGCUGUAGGUAACUUUUAUCACUUAUCAGUGAAUGGUUUUGCACAGGCUCUCUGCUCUUCAUUACAUUUAAGUAAAUGUUUGUCCGUACUGGCUGAUAUUUGCAGAAGCUAUUCAUAGAAAUAUGUCAAACAUGUUGAACAGACCACAGUCAUGGAAGCUACCCUCAUUCAUGCAGUGAGUAUGAUAAGUAAUACAUCACUCAAAGUAUUAACCUUGUAACAUCCUUCUGGAAGCACCUUUUUUCAUAUGCAGACUUUAUGUCUAAUUCUUUUUCUAACUUAAUAAAGGGCUAUUUAUUGGCAUGUAGCAGCAUAUACAUUAAAAACAAUAUUAGUUGGAUUAAUAUCACGAGAAGAGGGGAAGCACAAUUGGAAGAGAAAAAAUGAGAUUGUGUCGAUUUCUUGGAUGUUAGAAAACCCUGGAUAAGUAAGUAAUAACUUGUAUUCUUCCAUUUCACACAGAUGCUAGCAGCCAGAAUUUGCUUUCUUGUGAAAUCUGUGGAAGACAUUUUACACAGGAUGCACUGGUAAAAACAAGACAAUUAACCACUGAAUAUAUUUAGUGACAUAAAAGCGACCUUAAGAUAAUUGACCAAACAAGAAUGGAAAAUGACCCUGUUAAUGAAUGAAUUCCGUAGCAAUCUUAGGCUGGUUCACAGCUGAAGUUAACCAUACAGCAGAAGCUUUCACAGACUGCAGCUUUUAAGGAAUUCAAAGCAGAAAUAGCAACAGGCAAGUACUUGGAAGUACUUGUUAGUGUUUACAGUAAAUAUCCCUCAUCCCUGCCUUUCAUUCAAUGCAAAGAGAAGAAAAAUCAGUAAUAAAUGGAAGCUCCACGCAUACCUCACGUAUCUUAGAAACAAUUCCCAAUGUUUCCUUCACAACAUUUUUACAUAUGUUAAUGUGUUUCUCAGUCCCUUAACUCUGGGCAGUUUGGACCAAUUCAAGUUCAUGUACUCAGGAACCCUUUUGAAUAUUGGGUGACCAUGCCACCUUCUGCUACAUUUUCACUUCCCAUUUAAACUACCUUUAAUCAUAGCUGUCAACGCUUUCCUUUUUUUAAGGGAAAUUCCCUUAUUCCGAAUAGGAUUCCUUGCAAAAGGGAAAAGUUGACAGCUAUGCCUUUAAUUGCCACUCUUUCUUAGCAGCUGCCACCACAUAAUUGAUAGGGCCACAUGAAUAUGAAUAAACACAAGAGCUGGGUCCCCGCCCCUCCAUUUACUUUUUAAUUUACUACAUUUAUGUAUCCUCUUUCCUGGGUCUCCCCACUCAAUUCUGUCCUCACAACCACCUUCUGAAGUAGGUUAGACUGAGGAAACACGGUGAACUUCAUGACUGAGUAGGGAUUUGAACUUGGGCCUCCUGGGUACUUAGGCGUUCAUACGCCUUCCUUCACUGCUUAGCUGAUGUGCAAUUAGCAAGGGGAAUUCAGAGUUACAAGUUUUAAAAGUCCCUUGUUCAGGCCAUUUUAAAGUAUCAAGGGUGGUUUAUACAUUGUCCUCAAACUAGACUUUUGCCAAGCCAUGGACCCAGCACAAAAACCAAACAAGAAAAACCGAUGCUGCUUCUUUUAAAAAAAGUUUUUACAAUCCCUGUUUACAAGAUUAUAUCCUUACAGGUGCAACAGCCUGAGCCAAUCAAAGGUGAGCAAGCCACUCGACUUGGUUGGCACUACAGCCAAAUAAUUACACCUCUGCUAGGGAAAACACGCACACCUACCUUUUUAAUAUUUAACUUGAGAAAACCAGAAGGAUCCUAGAUUAGUCAAAUUAGGUACCCACAUUUAUUCCAUGUCCAGGAUAGAAUUCAGACACAGGUAAUUAGAUAUACAUACAAGUUAGGCAUCAUCUCCUUUGCUGACUCCCAAAAGCUUGGGCACACUAAAUCAAGAAGGCUUGACAUAAUCAUACCUUUCAUUUUUCAUUUCUGGAGCCCUACAUUUAGAGCUCAGUAUAACAUAAUUUUGAUCAACCCUUAUUUGGCAGACCUUUCUCUGUGUCCAUCUUAGGCACGACAUGAACCAAUAUGCAGGAAAGUCUUCAACAAAAAGCGCAAGCCAUUUAAUUCCUUGAAACAGCGACUGCAGGGAACUGACAUUCCAACAGUAAAGAGGAAGCCACCCCUGAAGGUAUUUUUGAAUUAAGCAUGCAACUCGACUCAAAUAUAUCAGUUCAGGGACAUUUCACAACAGAGUUGGGGGUGACUUACUUGCCAGACAUAAGGACUGUGCUAAUACAUAGGGUUGAAAUGUCCUGUAAAAGUUACUGUAGCACUGAGUCAUAGACUAUCCCUCUGACUCUGCUUCCCUUACAUUGCCUACUAGGAAGUAAGUGCAUAUUUCUUCUUCUUCCUCUUUACAAGCCCUCCAAGACCUCUUCAUUCACUAUGAAACUCUGCUUUUGGAACCAUCCAUUUGGGGCUCAUAUUAACAUCUAGUUUAAUUGCUAUUUCCUGGUUCAGAAAUAAAGAUCCUAAGAAUACAUUAUGCUUGCCUCAAAUAAGAGGUGAGCAUUGUGAUUCCAUGAUUCUUCAACUCAAGAUUAAGAAAUUCAUCUACUUGCCCUUACCCACCAGGCUCUCUAAUCUCUUUCCAUCUAUGCACAGGCUGCCAUACCCUCCCUCUUCAAAUCUUCCACCAAGCCCAGGCUUUGGCUCCCACCUAAAUCCACCACGCUCCUACCCCAAAACCCAUCCUUCCUACCCACUCAUUUGUCAGAGGUGACACUCAUAGUUAUCUCCCCUCUUCUGCACCUGGCACAAGAAAACCAAGGAACUGUAUUACCUGUGUUUAAUAGAUAAUUAAACUUUAUUAUUGUUUGUUAUUGUUUCAUCAUUAUAAUGCUUUUAACAUCUCUUGAAAUUCUCUUUUCAAAAACAGUUUAGGACUAUGUAUCUAUUAAUGCACCCUCUGACUGAAAAAUGUGAUUCAAGUAUUUCCUUUUCAGAGCCAACCAGAGAGAAAAUCUAAUUGGAGACAACAACAUGAGGACUUCAUUAAUGCAAUCCGAUCAGCCAAACUUGCCACUAUAGCUAUGAAAGAAGGCCGCCCUCUGCCUCCGCCACCGCCUCCAACCAUUAAUCCAGGUUAUUUACUUGCAUUGAAGCUGUUCAUCCUUGUUUAAAAAUAGAGGGUUGGGUCCAGGCUCACAGAGGGGCCAAAGAUUCAGAGAAAUCUCCUGCAGAGAGGAAGAGAUACUCACCGCCUUCACCUGUGGGAACAUCCCAUAGAUACAAUUCUGCCCAAGGGCAGUCUGGGUCUAACUCAGAGAGUCAUUUGAACAAUUAACUAAAACAGAGCUAGUGGAUAAUACUGGACUUCCACUCAAGGGAAUAAUUUUCAACUCAGCUACUGUUUCAGUGGGAAGUCUCUCUCAAUCUAAUUUCUUCAUCUGCAAGAUAACAAGCAUAAGCCUGAUUCACACAUCAUUCUAAUUCAAAGCAUGGCUUAGCAUGAAUGUGCAGGCUACUGGAGAGGAGAUUGUGUCUGCUUUGCUCCUCCUGAGUUGUUUUGCUACUGUGCAAUUCUGAGCUAAACCACAGUUUGGCUCAGCAUGUAGUCCCAGCCUGGGCAUAUUUUAGCUUUCUGCAGCCUAACCACAAGCUGUAACCAAGCUGUCCUGUGGUUUAUAGCUCAUGGUUUGUCCAGGAGAGUUAAGCCAUGAACCUGGAUUCAGAUGACAAAGGGAAACUGGCUCAUUGUGGCAUAUUCACAUUAUUUAUAUAUUUUAUAACAGUGAUGUUGUCUCCCAGGUACUAUAUAAAUUGCUUUUAUAGCCCCCGUUCCUUUGUUAUAUUCAGAUUAUAUUCAGUGUCCUUACUGCAUGAGAAGGUUUAAUGAGGCUGCAGCAGAAAGGCACAUCAAUUUCUGCAAAGAACAAGCAGCCAGGCGUGCAUUUGCUCCUGGUCAGAAAGGAUCCAAAGCACCCCCUGUAAGUAAUUUUAUUGUAUUCAAGCCAUUAGUCACAUUUUUAUCCCAUCCUUCUUCCAGGGGCUAUAUAGAAUAAUAAAAACAAGGAGGAGCUCUGCCAAAUGUAUCUCCGUUAAUUCUUUCACUUUCCCAUGAAUUCUGGAGAAGGGUUGCGGUUCAGUAGUGGAGUGUCUGCUUUGCAUGCAGAAGGUCCCACAUUCAUUCCCUGGCAUGUACAUCUGGGACUGGGAAUAUCACCUACCUGAAACCCUAGAGAGCCUCUGCCAAUCAGUGUAGGCAGUAAUGAAUCAUGGUCCAUGCCUAAGCAUAUAUUAUAUUAUGGUCAAUGAAUACAUGUUCAUUGCAACAUUAUUUAUUUUCUGCUAAUUUUUGCCAUGUCACUCUAAAAGUUCUAGAGUACUCUUCUCCCAUUAAAAGCAGAAUGCAAAAUGUUUCCAAAUGUCACAUUUUUUGAGCUAUAGAAAAGACUGAUGGAUGAAUAAACCAGUCAAACCAGAAUUUGCAAACAACAAAAAACCCAUAGGAAAAUGUGCAGAAAUAUUUUAAUCCAACAGACUGGAGGGUUUUCACCUUUUUUAAAAAUGCAUAAAUUAUUUAGUCCCUGUAGGGUUGCUAUAGGGAAUGUGGGUGGCACUUUGGUCUAAACCACUGAGCCUCUCGGGCUUGCCAAUUGGAAGGUCAGUGGUUCAAAUCCCCGCGACAGAGUGAGCUCUCGUUGCUCUGUUCCAACUUUUGCCAAUCUAGCAGUUUGAAAACACACCUGUGCAAGUACAUAAAUAGGUACCGCUGCUGCGGGAAAGUAAAUGGCAUUUCCAUGUGCUCUGGCUUCCGUCACUGUUACGUUGCACCAGAAGCGGUUUAGUCAUGCUGGCCACAUGACCUGGAAAGCUGUCUGUGGGCAAACAUCAGCUCCCUUGGCCUGAAGCGAGAUGAGCGCCACACCCAUCACCUUUGACUGGACUUAAAUGUCCAGGGGUCCUUUACCUUUACCUGCCAUAAAGCAAAUUUUCUAAGGUUUUUUCUCCUUCAGUUUGUCUUGCUGACAAUUAUGAGAGGUUUUGGGGAGAAUCUAAGUACUCCAGCUAAUACAGUCGUACCUCGGGUUAAGUACUUAAUUCGUUCCGGAGGUCCAUUCUUAACCUGAAACUGUUCUUAACCUGAAGCACCACUUUAGCUAAUGGGGCCUCCUGCUGCUGGAGCGCGAUUUCCGUUCUCAUCCUGAAGCAAAGUUCUUAACCUGAAGCAUAUGUAACCCAGCAGCAGGAGGCCCCAUUAGCCAAGGUACCACUGUACACAACUUCAGUUAGUGAAGGGCCAAUGUGGUGUAGUGGAUAGUGUUGAAUCAGAGAAAUGUUGGUUUGAAUUCUGCCACCCCCCCUGCCCCACACUGCAGAAUAUUUGGGUAGUCAGCCACUCUUUACCUAAACAUCAUAGGAUUGUUGAGAGGAUAAACAUAUGAUAGUCCCAAAGUUCUUUAAACUUUUUGGAUACAAAUGUGAUAAAUCAACUGUACUGCAUAAUGAACGUAUGCUAAAACGUUCUUUAUAUAUUUACUUCAUAUUUUCUAGGGCAAGCAAGCAACUCCCAAAAAAGAACCAACCCUAACAAGUGCUGUGGGAACACUGCUUCAGAACAAGGAAGGCACUGAUCCAAGCCAAGUAGUAAUAGGUAAGUAGCAAAAAUAACGUUUAAUUAAUGCUCAGAAAUAUUUGAGGGUCACAGAAAUUAUUCCUAUUUCAACUGUACCACCAAACUUUAACAUUAAACAAUUUCAUAGCAUUUAACAUUCAUUAGCUAGUAUGCCCUAUAGUUAAAACCACCCUGUAAAAGAUUCAUUUUUGCUGCUGUUGCAUAUUGCAUGGAUGCCUUUACUGUUCUGGUUAAGCCAAUUUUGUAACUGUUAGAACUACUUUAACAGUAUCAUAUGGCUUAGUAGGUGAGUUUUCUGUAGUUUAUGAUGGCUUAAUAAUAAUAAUAAUAAUAAUAAUAAUUUAUUAUUUGUACCCCGCCCAUCUGGCUGAGUUUCCCCAGCCACUCUGGGCGGCUCCCAAUCAAGUGUUAAAAACAGUACAGCGUUACAUAUUAAAAACUUCCCUGAACAGGGCUGCCUUAAGAUGUCUUCUGAAUAUCAGGUAAUUGUUUAUCUCUUUGACAUCUGAUGGGAGGGCGUUCCACAGGGCGGGCGCCACUACCGAGAAAGCCCUCUGUCUGGUUCCCUGUAGCCUCACUUCUCGCAAUGAGGGAACCGCCAGAAGGCCCUCGGAGCUGGACCUCAAUGUCCGGGCUGAAUGAUGGGGGUGGAGACGCUCCUUCAGGUAUACAGGACCAAAGCCGUUUACGGCUUUAAAGGUCAGCACCAUCACUUUGAAUCGUGCUCGGAAACGUACUGAGAGCCAAUGCAGAUCUCUCAGAACCGGUGUUAUGUAGUCCCGGCGGCCACUCCCAGUCACCAGUCUAGCUGCUGCAUUCUGGAUUAAUUGAAGUUUCCGGGUCACCUUCAAAGGUAGCCCCACGUAGAGCGUGUUGCAGUAGUCCAAGCAGGAGAUAACUAGAGCAUGCACCACUCUGGCGAGACAGUCCGCGGGCACGGUCUUAGCCUGCGUACCAGGUGGAGCUGGUAGACAGCUGCCCUGGACACAGAGUUAACCUGUGCCUCCAUGGACAGCUGUGAGUCCAAAAUGACUCCCAGGCUGUGCACCUGGUCCUUCAGGGACACAGUUACCCCAUUCAGGACCAGGGAAUCCCCCACACCCACCCGCUACCUGUCCCCCAAAAACAGUACUUCUGUCUUGUCAGGAUUCAACCCCAAUCUGUUAGCCGCCAUCCAUCCUCCAACCGCCUCCAGGCACUCAGACAGGACCUUCACCGCCUUCACUGGUUCUGAUUUAAAGGAGAGGUAGAGCUAGGUGUCAUCUGCAUACUGAUGAACACCCAGUCCAAACCCCCUGAUGAUCUCUCCCAGCGGCUUCAUAUAGAUAUUAAAAAGCAUGGGGGAGAGGAUGGAACCCUGAGGCACCCCACAAGUGAGAGCCCAGAGGUCUGAACACUCAUCCCCAACCACCACUUUCUGGACACGGCCCAGGAGAAAGGAGCGGAACCACCGUAUAACAGUGCCCCCAGCUCCUCUAGGCGGUCCAGAAGGAUGUUAUGGUCGAUGGUGUCAAAGGCCGCUGAGAGAUCCAGCAGAACUAGGAAACAGCUCUCACCUUUGUCCCUAGCCCGCCGGAGAUCAUCAACCAGCGCGACCAAGGCAGUUUCAGUCCCAUGGUGAGGCCUGAAUCCCCAUUGGAAGGGAUCCAAAUAGACGACUUUUGAACUAAUAAUUUAUUAAUUGAUAUGCAAUAUAAUUUGCUUUUUGGAUUAUUUAUGUAAACUAUCUAGAGAACCUAUUUGGGGGCUCAAAGGGCUAAGUAGGAUUGAAAUAAUUCUAGAAACAGUAGAAGAAGGGAUAUAGCGUUUGGUUUGGAGUGAAAUUAAUAUUCAAAAUUAUUCUGUUAUAUACUCUUGCCUUUGGUUCAUAUUUUAAAACUGGGUUAUGGAAAAACCUACAAACUUUGACCAAGCAAACCUUAGCAUAGUGAUCUUAAGACUGGAAAUAACCACAGUCAAGCAUUUUCAAAAUGCAAUGAAAGUUUAAUGCUUAAAGCUUCAAUCCUAUGCUCACCUGGGAGCAAGCCCCACUGAACUCAGUGGAACUUACUUCUGAGCAAACAUGUAUAGCAGGGAUGUCCAACACAUCAAUCACGAUCUACUGGUUGAUCCCUGUGAGGUUUUGGUAGAUCGCUGGCCCCCUUUCGGCCCUGGCCCCUCUCCCUGCGCAGGCCUCUACUGUUACAGAUGGGAAGCUGGAGUUUAGAAACCAGCGAUCGUAAGGUUAGUGGCUGCUUUUGUUCCUCCUUUAGAAGAGCUGCAAAAAUGUCCCUAAACCCCCCAAAAUGGGUCAUUCCCCCCUCCCCCUAAAAAGCUCAACAACUUUUACCUGAACCCCCCAAAAACGGGGAUAGAUCACUGCCAGAUUUUAAUUUUGAAAGUAGAUCGCAGUCUAUCGGGAGUUGGCCACCCCGAUGUAUAGGAAUGCACUGUAAUUCUACAAAUGAAAUCAGUGCUUGACUUUUUCUGGACUAUGCCCAGAAUGUAUUUUUGCAAAGGAUUUUAAAGAGGUUAACUGAUUUGUUAUUUUUAAGGGCAUGCUGCAGAUACCUCUGGUGGAACACUGCAGAAAAAAGCACCUGCUAUUCCCUCUGGGAAGGAGCCUGGGUAAGAAACAAAGUAACUACAUCACUGAGUGAUCCAAUCUUAAUUCUCUUAAAAGCCAUGAAAAACAGUUGAGAAACAGACCAGUCAAGGAAAAAUGACAGUUCCAAAGAACUUUUUAUAUAGUAGAAAUAAGCUUGUAAAAUGUGGAAAUACAAAACUUACUGCAAGUGCCAGAUACCUUAAUGUAAACAUGACAUUUUGCUAUUUGUAUCCAUUUAUGCAACUCUCAUUUCUUCAGCAUAUGGCCUACAAUAUCCAUUUUAGUAAACAAAAUCAUACAAAAUAACCAUGUAUACCAGCAUCUGUAUCAGGGGUAUAAAAAUAGAUCAGUUUCUCAAGGUUUUCUAGCUGAACUAUUUCAAAGUGGUCUUGAUCUGUACCUUGAAACAGUCUUAACAGAGUCCACCUUCAGAGAAAAGAGAAACUUAUACCAUUGUAUAUGAUCUGCUUUAUUUCACAGCCCUCCUAAAUUAAUGUUUUACUGCUUUUAGGGUUCCAGUACAGGGCAAAAAAUAA